UUUGUGCUUAAAAUAGAAGAUGAGAGACUCUCCAAUCGGCUUGGUGUUAUCGCAUUCUUCAAUCCCAGUCAACAUUUCUCCAAUAUAUAAAGAGCCAGAAAGAUCCACACGCACUAUCACAACGUCGGAAACGCGCAGAUGGGAGUUGCAGAGAGAGACAUCGAUGAUCUCCCCAAGAACCCUGCUAACUACGCCCCGCUCACGCCGCUCACCUUUCUGGAGCGGGCCGCCCUCGUCCACCCGACCCGGAACUCCAUCGUCCAUGGCUCCAUCACCUACACGUGGCAGCAGACUUACCGUCGAUGCCGCCAGCUCGCCUCCGCCCUCGCAUCCCGCGGCGUCACCUUUGGCAGCACUGUUGCAGUCAUUGCGCCAAACAUUCCAGCCAUGUACGAAGCCCAUUUCGGGGUUCCAAUGUCCGGUGCUGUACUAAAUGCCGUUAAUGUUCGUCUAAACGCACAGACCAUAGCUUUUCUUCUCGGACAUUCACAAUCUGCAGUCAUUAUGGUUGAUCAAGAGUUCUUUACUUUAGCAGAGGAAUCUCUGAAAAUUAUGGCAGACACGCAGAAAGAAAAGUUCAAGGCUCCGAUUCUGAUCGUGAUCGCGGAUGAGAACUGCGACCCUAAGUCACUGCAUUACGCGCUAGGAAGAGGAGCCAUCGAGUACGAGAAGUUUAUGGCAACUGGCGACGCAAACUUUGAGUGGAGGCCACCACAAGACGAGUGGCAAAGCAUCACCUUGGGUUAUACCUCAGGCACGACGGCUAGUCCUAAGGGAGUCGUGCUGCACCACCGUGGGGCAUAUCUCAUGGCUCUAAGCAACCCCGUUGUAUGGGGAAUGCAAGAAGGCGCUGUUUAUCUUUGGACUCUACCGAUGUUCCAUUGCAACGGUUGGUGCUUCACUUGGAGUCUCGCAGCACUUUGUGGGACGAGCAUAUGCCUUAGACAGGUCACAGCAAAAGGUGUCUACUCGGCUAUAGCAAAUCUGGGUGUGACUCAUUUUUGUGCUGCACCUGUGGUUCUCAACACCAUCGUGAAUGCCCCAAAAAGCGAGACGAUCCUCCCCCUCCCUCGUACGGUCCAUGUGAUGACAGCCGGUGCUGCUCCCCCCCCUUCGGUUCUCUUUGCAAUGUCGCAACAGGGCUUCCGUGUCACCCACACUUACGGACUCUCUGAAACUUAUGGUCCCUCGACUAUAUGUGCGUGGAAGCCCGAGUGGGACUCGCUACCACCUGAAGAUCAAGCCCGUCUAAACGCGAGGCAAGGGGUCCGAUACGUUGCCCUAGAGGGUUUGGACGUCGUCCACACCGAAAACAUGACACCCCCGCUGGUCCUAUCAGUGCCCGCCGAUGGCAAGACGAUCGGAGAGAUUGUCUUCAGGGGCAAUGUUGUGAUGAAGGGAUAUCUAAAGAACCCGAAAGCGAACGCGGAGGCUUUCGCCAAUGGAUGGUUUCACUCCGGCGACCUAGCCGUGAAGCACCCUGACGGGUACAUCGAGAUCAGGGACCGAUCGAAGGAUAUCAUCAUAUCCGGAGGCGAAAACAUCAGCAGCGUCGAGGUUGAGAACAUUCUCUACCAGCACCCCGCGAUAUUCGAGGUCUCGGUCGUGGCCCGGCCGGACGAGCGGUGGGGCGAGUCGCCCUGCGCAUUCGUGACACCCAAGCCGGACGCCGACGUGGCCAACCUGGCGGAAGAUAUAAUGAAGUUCAGCCGCGCGAAGAUGCCGGCGUACUGGGUCCCCAAGUCCGUCGUGUUCGGGCCGUUGCCGAAGACGGCCACCGGGAAGAUACAGAAGCAUCUGUUGAGGAGCAAGGCGAAGGAGAUGGGGCUAGUGAGGAAGAGCCGGAUGUAACCGCUCGGUGCGGGCCCAAGUCGGCCCCCACCGCGGGAAAAUUACCGGUUUAAAAACUCCUGAUUAAUGCUGUCAAAUCUGUGUAACAUAUUUUGUGUCUAUCUUCGAGAUCAUUUUGGACAACGUAACAUUAUGUGAUUUGGGUAAUGGAUAAUGUUGAUCGUCGUUGGAAUAACUGCUUCAUCGCAGAAGUUCACGCAUCUAAUGAUGGUGAUGUGUGUUGGUGCAACAACUUUGUGUCUCCCCUACAACCAAAUUAAUGGGGAUGACAAGUUGCAAAUUCUUUAAGAGAGAGAACAAGUUGCAAAGAAGCAUGGGUUGGCAAUAUAUUGAUAUAUCAUCAGUGCACGUUUUCAUCUCUAUCACUUGGAAAAACACUUGAUGCAUACUAUUGGACUGAAUUACCAAACUAAAGUAUGAGAUAAAAUAUAUUAUAGGAAGUUAUGGAAACAUGAUGUCAAUACGAGAUAUUUGAAGCUAAGAUUAGAUAUAUAAUUAAAGAGUUUAUGAUCAAUGUCGAAGCAAUUUUAAAGACCGAACUAGAGACCAAAUUAUGACCAUUAGAUCUAGUUUUUUUGAUUAAAUUCGCUGUUGUGGAAAUUAUUUUGGUCUUCAUUACAAAGCCAAUUUACUUUAUUCUAGCAGGUUUAUUACUUCAUUCCGGUAUGUACUACCUUGAAACUACAAUAUGUUUUACUUACUUCCAGUAGGUUUUGAAAUGAUUCAACACAUGCUUCAUUCGAAUUCAUUGAACUGGGUUUUUUCUUUAUUCACUUUAAAAAAUACAAUUCAUUAAAAAACGUUAUUACUUCAUUGGACAAGGUAUUUACUUCAUUAUAGUGGGACUUCAAAUGUUUCUACAUAUACUCCAUUCAAAUAGUUUAUUACAUCAUUCAAUGUGCUUGUUACACCAUUCAAUUAGGCUAUCACUUCAUUUUGUUGUCAUAGCUGGAAUUUUGGGACUAUCACAGCAUUGACGGGGAUGGUCUUGACUCCUCCAUCCGUGAAAAUGUACUCGAAUGAAGUAAUAAUCCUAUUUGGAUGAAGUAAAAACCUACUGGAAUGAAGUUAAAUCCUCUUAAUAUUUUA